GCCCGGACCCGAACGCCGUCAGUCACGAUCGUUUAACGAGAGCGUACGCAAACCCGCGGUACACAAGCUAAGAAGAAGGUCCUCUCGAGCCAGUACUAACGAGUUGGCCACAGAGUGCAGUAACGAACAGAAGAAACGGGUCGCAGAUACACGCGAAAAAAAUACCAAGCAUCAAGCAAAUCCAAUCGUAAGGAACCUGCGGGGAAGGAUCACGUUUAUAGUUUCAGUGUGGUGCACAGCGGUGUAUAUCUUUAACAAGGUGUGACACAAGCGUCAAAUCAAACGAAGUGUGCAAAAUUUAUGCAAACACACACCCGGUGGUUGAGUUGAUAAAGAGUUCAAACACCGCCAAGUACGUCAGACGACACGACGACUACAUCCUUAGUGUAGCUGUGAAGAUUUAACACCUAAAAUUAAAGUUGGUGAAGCAAACAGACACAUCAGUGAAUAUCAAAGUGGUGAAAAGUGCAAGGACAUUCAAAAUUUGUCUGCCAAAACAAUUGAAGAAAAACAGUGCCACACAAUGAAUACGGAAGAGUUUCGCAAGUACGGCAAACAGAUGAUCGACUACAUCUGCGAGUACGGGCAGACGAUAGACGAACGGGACGUCGCCCCGACGGUCGAUCCGGGAUUUCUACGCAAAUUGCUACCAGAGGAAGCGCCACAGAAGGGCGAAGACUUCAAGCGUAUGCUCGAUGACGUCGAGACGAAGAUCAUGCCCAAUAUGGUGCACUGGAACCAUCCGCGCUUUUUCGCCUACUUUCCGGCCGGCAACUCCUAUCCUUCGAUCCUCGGCGACAUGCUCAGCAGUGCCAUCGGGUCAAUUGGCUUCUCAUGGGCAUCCAGUCCGGCCGCCACCGAGCUGGAAACGAUCGUCCUCGAUUGGUACGCGAAGGCACUCGAUCUGCCGUGCUUCUUCCGCAGCGACGCCAAGGGCUCGAAGGGCGGUGGCGUACUGCAAGGAUCCGCGUCCGAGUGUGCGCUCGUGUGCAUGAUGGCGGCACGGGCCCGCGCCAUCAAGGAGCUGAAGGGCAACCAUCACGACGUGCACGACAGCGUCUAUCUGCCGCAGCUGGUCGCGUACUCCUCCAAGGAGGCACACUCAUCGAUCGAGAAGGCGGCCAAGAUGGCGAUCGUGAAGCUGCGCGCACUGGACACCGACAGUCGGGGCGUGUUCCGGGGCGAUACGCUCCGCCAGGCCAUCCAGGAGGAUCUCGCCCAGGGCCUGACGCCGUGCUUUGUCGUCGCCACCGUCGGCACCACGUCGGCCUGCGUCUUUGACAAUCUGGUCGAGAUUGGGCAGGUGUGCCGGGAGGUGCGCAGCAUCUGGUUCCACGUGGAUGGUGCUUACGCGGGCAAUUCCUUCAUCCUGCCCGAGAUGCGCCGCUUUAAGGAGGGGCUAGAGUAUGCGGAUUCGUUCAACACAAACCCAAACAAGCUGCUGCUGACCAACUUUGACUGCUCGGCAAUGUGGGUGAAGGAUGUAAAGCUGCUCACGACAGCGCUGGCCGUUGAUCCGCUCUAUCUGCAGCACGAGCAUAGCAGUGCGAUUGAUUACCGGCACUACGGAAUUCCGCUCAGCCGUCGCUUCCGUGCGCUGAAGCUGUGGUUUGUGUUCCGCUCGUACGGCAUCGUUGGGCUGCAGAAGUAUAUUCGCAACCACAUUGCACUGGCGAAACGGUUCGAGACGCUGGUGAACUCUGACGAUCGCUUCGAGGUGCGCAACGACGUCAACCUUGGGCUUGUCUGCUUCCGACUCAAACAGCAAGAUCGAAUUAAUCGGGACCUACUGGCAAGGAUCAACCAGUCGGGCAAAUUCCACAUGACCCCCGCAAUGGUACGAGGCAAAUACAUCAUUCGUUUCUGUGUCACCUACGAACACGCCACCGAGGAGCAUAUAGAUUACGCAUGGGAGGAAAUUAAAAACUACGCCGAAGAGACGCUGGCCGCCGAAUGUCCGGAAGAGGUGCAGGAGCAGGCACUGCCGGCGACGAAAAAACCGCCCAAGAAGCUUACCCGCAGCAUGUCCACGCGCUUCUCCUUUACGCGCAGCGUUUCGCGCGAAAUCUUCGAACGACAAAACAGUCGUCCCCAUUUGCCCUGUUUCACCAGCUCUCAGCUUACGGAUGGCUGCACACCGAUCGUCAUCGUCGAUACCGACGACAUCCUGGAGAGUUUGCAGCGCGCCUCGCGGAUGAACGGUGAGCGAAGUUCGAACGACACGUACGACACCGACAGCACGGAGGAGGCCAGCAAUUGACUAAGCCGAGGCAACUCCCGCAACUCCUCCCCGUCCUCCUCGUCGUCUUCCUCCUCCUCGACCGCCAAUGAGUCUCCGGAAGGGGAGGAAACGGAGGGAAGCACAGGAUCGACGAUCGCUCGUUGCAAUUCGAUCAAGCGAUCCUGCGGCAAAGACAACGGAUACAGUCGGCUGCAGCAGCAGCAGCAGCAGCACCGUCAGGACAGCCACGCGCAGGAAGCGGAAUCGAGACCGACCAAGUCGAAAAGUUGCUCGAAUAUUAAGCAGUUGUGAUAAGGCCCGCUUCGACGCAAACACGUGGCUACGCCCGCUCCCGGCGAGCCAUCGGCUUUUUAGCAAGCAUUUAUCUUUAAUCGCUGUUAGUAGCAGGACCGACGCAAGUACGUCGUACCGACUGAGAAACAAAAAUGUAUUAUUUAUUGAUAAUGUGAAACAAACAAACAAAAACCAAGCGCUAUUAUAGCCAGGAAGUAGCAUAGAAUCUUCCCCCUAGGUGCAGGAGGGCUUAGUUAUGUAAGUUUUGUUUUCCUUCCUGACCAUGACACUAAAAUCAUUUUAAAAAACUUGUGUGCCCCAUUGUGGCAUGUGUAUAAUCUUAAGGCUUUGUAUAGUUGCACGAGCAAACUGCGUAAAAAUAAAUUGUCCCAUGUCUGAA